GUUACGCCCCGAAAAAGUUGGUCGCAUCUCCCCCCAAACUCGCCAUUUAGGGGGAAAAAAAGAAGGUAAUAAGGAACUUUUGGAGAUAAAAUCAUCAGCCAUACCAACUACGUCGGUUCUUGUUGUUUUUUAUUACCUUUCUGGAACUUGUGUUAGCAUUUAGCAUAACCUCGUUUAACAUUGACCCACGUGGUGAGCGUGUAAGUGUGUGUGUGUGUGCGUGCGUGUGUGUGUGUGUGUGUGCGUGUGUGCGUGUGCGCGCAGGCUGUGUCCACUGUCAGUCUGUUGGCUAAAAGCAGAGAAGACAUUUCUGCCUCCUGACUCGGACUCCGACUUCUUCCCGCCUCACUGAAACUUAACAGGUGCCAUGGCUGAAAGGGUGCUGGUGGUUGGCGGCGGAGGGCGGGAGCACGCUCUGGCCUGGAAGUUGGCACAGUCGCCACACAUUCAGCAAGUCCUUGUGGCUCCCGGGAACGCGGGGACGGCAAACUGCGGGAAGAUCAGCAACUCUGAGGUAUCUGUGAGUAACCACGCCAUUUUGGCUCAGUUCUGUAAGGACCAUCAUGUGGGGCUCGUGGUGGUCGGCCCAGAGGUUCCGCUCGCUGCUGGUAUGGUGGAUGACCUGACGGCAGCAGGUGUACCAUGUUUUGGCCCGUCUGCCAGAGCCGCCGAGUUGGAGGCCAGCAAGAGCUUCUCCAAGGCCUUCAUGGAGCGCCACGGCAUUCCCACGGCCCGCUACGGCUCCUUCACCGACGCAAAGGAGGCUUGCAACUACAUUCGCACGGCUGACUUCCCAGCGCUGGUUGUGAAGGCCAGUGGCUUGGCAGCGGGUAAAGGAGUUAUUGUGGCACAAGACCAGGAAGAGGCCUGUCGGGCAGUGAUGGACAUCAUGAAGGACCGAGCGUUUGGUUCUGCUGGCGACACAGUGGUGGUGGAGGAGCUUCUCGAAGGCGAGGAAGUAUCUUGUCUGUGCUUCAGCGAUGGCUCCACAGUGUCGUCAAUGCCUCCAGCGCAGGAUCACAAACGGCUGCAAGAUGGCGAUCAGGGUCCAAAUACAGGUGGCAUGGGAGCCUACUGCCCCACCCCUCAGGUGAGCCAUGAGCUACUGGUGCAGAUCCGAGAGUCUGUGCUUCAAAAGACCGUGGAUGCGAUGAAGCAAGAGGGAGCUCCUUAUGUUGGUGUGCUGUAUGCCGGGCUCAUGUUAACCCAGAAGGGACCCAAAGUUCUGGAGUUCAAUUGUCGCUUUGGAGACCCCGAGUGCCAGGUCUUGCUGCCCUUGCUGAAAAGUGACUUGUAUGAGGUCAUCUUGAACACGAUGAAUGGCAAGCUGGCCUCUAGCGCCCCUGAGUGGCACAAGGAAAAAGCCGCAGUGACCGUAGUGAUGGCCAGUGCCGGCUACCCAGGUGCCUACAACAAAGGAAUGGCCAUCACAGGUCUGUCCCAGGUGGAAGACAUGGGCAUCCAGGUGUUCCACGCAGGUACAGGGCUGAAGGACGGACAAGUGGUGUCCAGCGGCGGGCGAGUUCUGACGGUCACCGCGGUCAGACCUUCGCUGGAGGCGGCACUGCAGGCAGCCAAUGAAGGAGUGGCUGCGGUUGGUUUCCCGGGUGCUGUGUACCGCCGUGACAUUGGUCACCGGGCCAUUUCCCACCUGAAGCAACGCAGAGGCCUGACUUAUAAGGACAGCGGCGUGGACAUUGCUGCGGGCAACAAGCUGGUGGACAUCAUCAAGCCUCUGGCCAGGGCAACUUCCCGCCCAGGAUGUAAUGCAGAGCUGGGAGGCUUUGCUGGACUUUUUGACCUUAAAGCUGCAGGAUUCCUCGACCCGGUUCUGGUAUCUGGAACUGACGGUGUUGGGACCAAACUGAAGAUUGCCCAGGCGUGCGGUCAGCAUGGCAGCUUGGGUCAAGAUCUAGUCGCCAUGUGUGUGAACGACGUCCUGGCUCAGGGAGCAGAGCCGCUUUUCUUCCUCGAUUACUUCUCCUGCGGAAGCCUGGAUGUGAACGUGGCCGCCGCAGUGGUCGCUGGCAUCGCCAAAGCGUGUGAGAUUGCUGGCUGUGCUCUACUGGGUGGAGAGACCGCAGAAAUGCCUGGCGUCUAUGGCCCUGGGGAGUAUGAUCUAGCCGGGUUCUGCGUGGGAGCAGUAGAGCGUAGCGCCCUGCUGCCGAGACUGGCGGACAUUACGGAGGGAGACCUGUUGAUUGGAGUGGCAUCCUCUGGUAUCCACAGCAACGGCUUCAGCCUGGUCCGCAAAGUCCUGGAACGUGCAAAUCUAAGCUACAGCUCCCCGGCACCCUUUGGCCACCUGGGGCAGACUGUUGGGGAGGUUUUGCUGACGCCAACAAAGAUCUACAGUCGUCUGCUGCUCCCGAUCCUGCGCAGCGGUGCGGUGAAAGCCUAUGCUCACAUCACCGGUGGAGGACUUCUGGAAAACAUUCCUCGUGUUUUGCCCCAGGAGCUAGCAGUCGAUAUAGAUGCGUCUCGUUGGAGCAUCCCACCAGUGUUUUCCUGGCUCCAGAAAGAGGGCGGACUGAGCGAGGAUGAAAUGACCCGCACCUUCAACUGUGGCCUGGGAGCAGUGCUAGUGGUGGCCCCGAUGGAGGCUCAGAGGGUCUUGCGGCAGCUGCAGGCCCACGAGGAGGCCUGGAUCGUGGGCGCACUCGCUCACAAGCAGCCUGGUACCGAGUCUGUGGCGGUCCGCAACCUCAAGCACAGCCUGCUGAGCGGCGGUCCAGCCUCCAAGAACGGCAAUUGCCUCGGUGACAUCAGCACGCCGCACAGGAGGACCAAAGUCGGCGUUCUCAUUUCAGGGACAGGUACCAACCUGCAGGCACUGAUCGAGCAGGCCAGGCGUCCAUCUAGCUGUGCAGAGAUCGUGGUGGUCAUCUCUAACAAGCCUGGAGUUCAGGGCCUCAAAAGAGCAGCACUGGCUGGGAUCCAGACACGGGUGGUGGACCACAAACUCUACGGAAGCCGAGCGGAGUUUGACGGCACCAUUGACCGCGUCCUCGAAGAAUUUGGGGUGGAGCUUGUGUGUCUGGCUGGAUUCAUGCGGAUCCUCACGGGGGGGUUUGUUAAGAAAUGGAACAGUAAGAUCUUGAACAUCCAUCCUUCCUUGCUGCCUUCCUUCAAGGGUGUGAACGCCCAAAAGCAGGCUCUCCAGGCCGGGGUGCGGGUUAGCGGCUGCACGGUCCACUUUGUUGCGGAGGAGGUGGACGCAGGGGCCAUCAUCGUGCAGGAGGCGGUGCCGGUGGUGAGCGGCGACACUGAAGAAAGUCUGUCGGCCCGAAUCAAAGAGGCCGAGCACAGGGCCUUCCCUGCGGCGAUGGAGCUGGUCUCCAGCGGAGCUGUCCAUCUCAGUGAGGAUGGACGUGUCAUCUGGAGGUCACAUUAGUACUUUGCAUGACUACAGCUGAGUAAUGUGUAGUGUGACACUGUUACAAAACAUUCCUAAUGUGCAUGCAUGUUACAUUUUUCCUGGAUGAAUACAUAUUAUGCACAGUAAACAACAUUUCUUUAUCUACUCCAAAUGUUUGUGUUUAAAUGUACUUGUGUGAAUUAGAGCUGCACAGAACAAAAAAUGCUAUUCUUUCUAAAUGGUUUACUUGUAGUGUAUGCACAUAUACUGUAUAAGCCUAUAUACCGGUACUAGGGGUGUAACGGUACACAAAUAUUUUGGUUCGGUACAUACCU